AUACCCUGUAUGUGUAUAACUUAUUUUAUGUUCAUGCGUAAUAUACAUUUAAAGAAAACAUCCGAAGUCGACUUUUAUAACAUCAAAUCUACUAAUGGUUUGCAUCGAGCAUUCUAAAGACGCUUUAUCAGUGUCCUUUUAUUUUUCAGAUCCACACUGGCAGACAGCAUGGUGUCCACAUGUACAGUAUUUCUGACUUCCCUGCUGGCUUCCCAGGCUUUCUCCUAUUACAGCGAACUUGACCUUGGACCCAAUCUCUCCAUCAACGACUUUGACCUUGGACCCAAUCUCGCCAUCAACGACUUUGACCUUGGACCAAAUCUCGCCAUCAACGAACUUGACCAUGGACCAAAUCUCGCCAUCAACGACUUUGACCUUGGACCCAAUCUCGCCAUCAACGACUUUGACCUUGGACCCAAUCUCGCCAUCAACAAAAACGCUCUUUGGUCAUUCCCGUCUUACUUCGGCCAGACGGACCGUAGUCCUCGGCAAAACACGGAGGUCGGACUAAAUUGGAGAGACACUGAAAUCUACAAAAAGGUGUUCCAAAAACCAGAGACAAGCGGGAAAAAUGUCUUUACACCAUUGCGAGAAUUUUUGGACUCUUUGCAGUACUCUCGGACACAAAAUUAGGGAAUAGUGAUUUAUUCUCAGGGACUUUGUACUCGUGGAAUGUCAAACAUGUGGUAGUUUCAAUAAGGUACAUAAUUAUACCUUUCUGUGUCGAUUUAUUAUUAUUGGUUUUAUUACAUGUUUUAUAUUA